GUGGUGGCGCAGCCGUGCAACGUCAACCGCCGAGGCGGGACUGCACAUCACUCUGUGGGGGCGCAGGGUCUCGUCUCCCCGCGCGCUUUUAUAUGUCGCUGCCUCAAGCUGCUGGCUGCUCGCAACCCACCACUCCUCCCAUUCCUCGCCACCGGGAGCAGCCCUCGAAGCUGAUUGCAGCUCCCGCGGUCAUGGCGAGCAAGAUGAGCAAAAGGCUCACGGGCUUCCUGCACAGAUCCAAAACAACGGCAGGCUCAAACUCCCAAGCAGAAUCCAGUCACUCCAUAGACGACAUCGACGUCGAUCAUGCCCCCACCGACUCCCCCGAAGCUCGCGUCACUCGAGCCAUUCGCCUCUUCUGCGAGUCGGGAAGCACCUCAAACGGCGGUGAGGAGGUGCUGCAGCUCCCGGAGAUCGUGGAGGCCGCCGAAUCCUCUCCCCACGCCGCCAAAGCUGCUUCGCAACAAAUCCGACGGUUCAUGGGACGCGAGUGGGCCGUCAAGCCUUAUGUGCAGUACAACUCGGUCAUGCUCAUCCGCAUCCUGACCGACAACCCCGGCCCGAGCUUCUCGCGCAACUUUGACAAGACGUUCGUCGAGACGAUCAAGGAGGUGUUGCGGAAUUGCAAGGAUGGGAGCACACAGCAGAUAUUACGAGAGACUUUGGAUUCGUUGGAGGCGAACAAAUCCUAUCAAGAGGGGAUGGAGGGACUGAUUCAGAUGUGGAGGAAAGAGAAGGGACAUGGGGCCAGUUUGUCACAACAGGGCGGGAGGGGCUUGCAGCUACACCCGCAGCCACAGGCACCUCCAAAUGGUUGGCAGUAUGGCCAGCAGCAACGGGCGCCGAGACAAGAGCCCCGCCCCCGACAAUUGCCUUCCCAGGUUGAGCUCGCGAGUAGGAUAGAGGAGGCCAAGAACACCGCCAAGAUCCUGCUGCAGCUGGUCCAGUCAACACCUCCGGAGAACUUGCUGAACAACGAUCUGGUCCGCGAGUUCUCGGAUCGCUGCGUGAACGCGCAACGCUCGAUGCAGGGCUACAUUUCCGCCGACAACCCGCCGCCAGAGGACGAGGUCAUGCUCACGCUGAUUGAAACGAACGAACAACUCAGCCUUGCUACCAGCCGCUACCAGAGAUCCCUUCUCAAUGCAAGGAAAGCAAUGGGCGUCAGUCCGAGCCCGAAUGCGGACGCGGUGCAAAACAAUCCUGGAGGCGUUGCCGAGCCUCCGCCGCGCAAACCGGUCUCCGAUCAGACUGGGUUCGCUGCACCUCCUCGCUCUCCCCCACAAGCACGACCGGACGACAGUGCAUUUGGAUACGCUGGUGGAGCGUUCCAGGCACCAACUGCAUCACCAACACACCGAUCUUCCGGCCCGGGCGCAUUCUCCAACGCCGGCGCGACCACGAACGGAGCGUACGUUCCAGCUCCACCAAGCCCUCCCACAGCAAUGCUCGCGCGUCUCAAUUCGCGCGACGGACAGACAUCGCCCAAGCCGUACGAGCCCGAAGGCGCCAGUAACCCCUUUGCCGACCCUGUGGAGCACGAAGCCAACCCAGCACCAGCGAUGUACGCCUCAAAUCCGAACAACACCUACCCUCCUUCCCUCCCACGCCAAAACCAACAAUCCUCGCAACCCUUCACCGUCGAUUUCGGCGCUGCAAAUGGUGCCAAAGGACACGCGCAGCAUCCCAGCCUCGACGACUCGAAUUUUUACUCGGCCACCCCGGUCCGUACCCGCUUUCCUCCUAGUUCUAACUCCACCACGAACGUCAGUCCGCCCUCCAGUCCAAGCAGCCCCCAACAACUACGACCUUAUCAAAGCGGCCCUCCGACCGUCUCGUAUCUGGGUCGACAGGCGUCAGCUGUAGACCAUUUGACCAUGCAUGGGGGUAACGUGUCAGAGAUUGAUGGGCAUUCGGAGGUCGGGAGGGUCCCUGUCGCUGCUGAGGAGCCGCAGGAGCCGGCGUUUGGGGGUUUGCGGCGGAGAGAGACGGAUGGGAGUGAGGGGGGCAGUGCGUAUAAUGUUACACCUACGCGGACGAGAGCGUGAGGUCAUAUCACAGAUGUGUGAAGCGAGAUAGAUGAGAGCUUUGGGUUACGUGAUUGAGAGCGGGCGAUGGAGAUACCACUUUUUGCUUUGUUUUGCGUGAGGCGGCAUGCUAUUAGGGUUGACAAUCUACGGAUUUCUGCACAAUGCAAUGCCAAGUUCUUGCUCGACGAUCUGCCUGACAAUGCCGGAGGAGGUGGAGAGGAGGUAUUGGCCUGACGUUGCAUUUCACCAGAUUGCCAACCUUCAUCACAUCCAAGUAACAAACCCCACAUAUACCUUUCUUCCACUGUCACCCACGCUCCUCACAA